AUGUGCCUCUGUCGUCUGCUCACGCUGCUGACGGCUUCCGCUUUUUAACCUAGGCCUGUGUAUGGCUUCCGAAUACUGCUGCCUCCACCGCCACCCUGCGCCAUGUGCCUCUGUCGUCUGCUCACGCUGCUGACGGCUUCCGCUUUUUAAACUAGUCCUGUGUAUGUCUUCCGAAUACUGCUGCCUCCACCGUCACCCUGCGCCAUGUGCCACUUUCGGGUCUCCUCACACUGCUGCCAGGUCCAGAGUGUGUCAUGGGUCCCUGUACGGCCUCCCAUUGCUGCUGACUUCAUCGCCAGACUCUGCCCAUGUGCCACUUUCAGGU